AUUCCUUUGAUCCGCUGGAAGCUUCUCGCUAUGGUUUUUGCUUCCCCUGCACUGCACCUCUCGAACUCGAAUCCGAUUCCCCACCGAGGACGCGAAUCUUCCAUUGGGGCACGGGCGGCGGAAUCGUCGCGCCGCCCCCGUCGUUCGAUCGGGAGAUUUUGACGGCUCCGGCGGCGGGGUGGCGGUUAUUGGGCCGAGUUUGGGAAAGAUUGGGGGAGUGAUUAACGAUCCCCCCCCCCCCCCCCCCGGCUCGUUGGAUUGGAUUCCUCCUUGGGGUUGGAUGGAGCGGCGGAGGUGGCUACAGGCCGCGGUCCUGCUUUGCGUGCUGGCGCUUUGCUCCGGGAGAGAACUCAAGAUUAAACGCACCCCCAUAUACAAUUCGACCCUUGCGAGGACGCUUGCAGAAUAUACUUCAGCAGUUUACACAGCUGACCUGACACAACUCUUUACAUGGACCUGUGAAAGGUGUGGUGACUUGACAGAGGGGUUUGAGGUAAUAGAGCUGAUUGUUGACGUGAAAAAUUGCUUGCAGGCAUAUGUUGGUUAUGCUAGUGAUAUGAAUGCUGUCGUAGUUGUGUUCAGAGGCACACAAGAGACCAGCGUUCAGAAUUGGAUAGAGGACUUGUUUUGGAAGCAGCUUGAUCUGGACUACCCAGGCAUGCCUCAAGCAAAGGUCCACAGUGGGUUUUAUUCUGCAUACCACAACACAACAUUGCGUGAUGGGGUUGUUAAUGGCAUUGAAAAAACUAGGGAAGCGUAUGGUAAUAUUCCCAUCAUGGUAACUGGGCAUUCAAUGGGAGGAGCUAUGGCUUCAUUUUGUGCACUCGACCUUGUGGUCAAUUACGGGUCAAAAGAUGUGACACUGAUAACAUUUGGACAGCCUCGGAUUGGGAAUGCUGUAUUUGCCUCACAUUUCAAUUGUUAUUUGCCAAAUGCGAUUCGAGUAACUAAUGCGCACGAUAUUGUGCCUCAUUUACCCCCGUACUACCACUACUUCCCACAGAAAACCUAUCAUCAUUUCUCAAGAGAGGUAUGGGUCCACAAUGUUGGACUCGGAAGCCUAGUGUAUUCCAUAGAGCAAAUUUGUGACGACUCUGGAGAAGACCCAACUUGCAGCAGGUCUGUCAGUGGAAACAGUGUGCAAGACCAUCUAAACUACCUUGGCAUCGGCAUGCAUGCUGAGUCACCAGGAUCUUGCAGAAUUGUCACAGGUGCCAAUACCGUGCAGUGCAAGAUGGACAAUGAUGGCAAUAUUGUUUUCUCGAAGCAGCCUGGUUUAUCAGCUGAUCAGUUACAUAGUUCACAGUGAACAAGCAAACUCAUGAUCUUGUAUUUGUAUAUCCUCUUUUGUGAUUAUGUAGUAGUACCUGUUUUCGUUCCUAAUAUAGGUACACUAUAGGAAGAAUGAAUAUGAAUAUGUGUAUGUAAAGCUCACUUAGUAUAGGUACACACUAACACGAAUGCUCUUGGCUC